AUUAAGCAUACAUAAUCUUUGGUUUGGUUUUCGACCGCUUCAAAUAUCCAUCAUUGUUCAUAUCGUCUUCCUUCCGCCUGCAUUAACAUAAUAUUAAGACGAUUUCCACACAAAUAGACAGAAACGGAGAGAAGCCAAGCAAUUAGUAAAAAGAGAAGAAGAGAAAGCAGCAUUGUUAAUGGCGGCGAGUACUGGUGGUGGAGUAGGAGCAGAGGACGUGGUGAGGAACAAGCAGGUGAUUCUGAGAGACUAUGUCUCCGGCUUCCCCAAAGAGUCUGACAUGCAAGUGACCACUGGCACUACCAAGCUGAAGCUUCCAGAAGGUUCCACUGCUGGGGUUUUGGUGAAGAACCUCUACCUCUCCUGCGACCCUUAUAUGAGAAGCCGCAUGACCAAGCGCGACCCUGGCGCCAGUUAUGUCGACUCCUUCAACGCCGGUUCGCCUAUAACUGGAUAUGGAGUCGCUAAAGUUUUGGAAUCUGCUAAUCCCAAGUUUAAGCAAGGCGACUUGGUUUGGGGGAUGACUGGGUGGGAAGAAUACAGCAUCAUCACUGCAACAGACUCUCUCUUUAAGAUUCACAACACUGAUGUGCCCCUCUCUUACUAUACUGGAAUUCUAGGUAUGCCUGGAAUGACUGCUUAUGCUGGUUUUUAUGAGGUUUGCUCUCCUAAGAAGGGAGAGACAGUGUAUGUUUCAGCAGCAUCUGGAGCAGUAGGUCAGCUUGUUGGCCAAUUUGCAAAGUUGUCUGGUUGCUAUGUUGUUGGUAGUGCUGGAACCAAAGAAAAGGUUGAUCUGCUGAAGAAAAAGUUCGGGUUUGACGGCGCUUUCAAUUAUAAAGAAGAACCUGAUUUGGAUGCAGCUUUAAAAAGGUUCUUUCCUGAGGGCAUCGAUAUAUACUUUGAAAAUGUUGGGGGAAAGAUGCUUGAUGCAGUGCUGCCGAACAUGAGGGUCCACGGUCGGAUUGCAGUUUGUGGGAUGAUCUCACAGUACAACCUGGAGCAGCCAGAAGGGGUACAUAAUUUAAUGUAUCUGGUCAUUAAACAGGUCCGCAUGGAAGGUUUCCUGGUUUUUAAUUACUAUCAUCUUUACGGGAAGUUUCUUGAAAUGGUUUUGCCUGCCAUAAAAGAAGGGAAGAUAACAUACGUGGAAGAUGUAGUUGAAGGGCUUGAGAGCGCUCCAGCAUCUCUGAUUGGGCUCUUUGCGGGGCGCAAUGUAGGAAAGCAGGUGGUUCUAGUUUCCCGAGAAUGACUUGAUCAGACUCGACGCUCUCCUCCAUGCCUCUCUCUCUCUCAAUUCUGAACUGAAGCUUUCUUUCUUUCUUUAGCCUAGCCUAGCCUGUACGGUAGAAUCAUCAUCUACUGUAAAUGCAAAUGCAAGCAAAUGCUCUUCUCCAUUUACAACCUUAUAUUUGUUCUACUUGUACAAGGUUUGUGGCGAAGCUUGUUUAAUAAAUGUUGUUGAACUUUUUUGAUCUUUCAAUCAAUCCAUGCAACUUGCAGGGUGUUAUUUUUU